AUGGAAGUUCACAACAAGCAGAGUCUGGUCUUUAAACCUUGUGUGGGGGAGGAGCACUAUGGACGAAAUAAACAGCCAGUCGAUGAAACGAUGCAGCAACAAGCUUCAGAAAACUUUAAUUUAAUUUUUGCCGAAGACAAUAAAGCGUCUUGGAUUCUCGCGGAAGCAGCUGUUCGUGUUUUCUUUCCUGUGCCAAAUUCAUUUCCAUCCGAUUCAUCUGAAUUUUAUAAUCAUGCAUUUAUUCUUGAGAAUCUUCAUUCGAUUAUAUUGAAAAUAAAACAAAAACAGACUGCAGAGAAUAAUAAAAAACAACACAAUGAAGACAAAAGAGUUAAUAGAAGUCGGUUGCAAGCUGCAAAUCAACACACAUCUGCCAUGCCACCAGCAUUUGCUUGUUAUUCUUUUGAUAAUUUUCGGAUAACGAAAAACGCUGUACAACGAAGUUGGAUGACGCGUAGAAUUGAUUUGUACGUGAUCUGGUCACCCUACCAUCACAUCGUUUUGUUAUCUUCUGGUGGCAAGAUGUUCGCUUUUUCGGCUCAUGUAAAUACCCAAACACAUAACGUCAGUGUUACUUUAAAUUAUCUCACUGUGUGA